AGAACUGCUGAUAGCAAUAUGUCUUCAGGAAAUGCCAAAAUUGGGCACCAUGCCCCCCAGUUCAAAGCAACUGCUGUAAUGCCAGAUGGUCAGUUCAAAGAUAUCAGCCUAUCUGACUACAAAGGAAAAUAUGUUGUGUUCUUCUUUUACCCUCUUGACUCCACCUUUGUGUGCCCCACGGAGAGCAUUGCUUUCAGUGAUAGGGCAGAAAAAUUUAAGAAACUCAACUGCCAAGUGAUUGGUGCUUCUGCGGAUUCGCACUUCUGUCACCUGGCACGGAUCAACACACCCAAGAAACAAGGAGGACUGGGACCCAUGAACAUUCCCUUGAUAUCAGACCCCAAGCGCACCUUUGCUCAGGACUGUGGGGUCUUAAAGGCCCAUGAAGGCAUCUCAUUCAGGGGCCUUUUUAUUAUUGAUGAUAAAGGUAUCCUUCGACAGAUCACCAUAAAUGACCUUCCUGUUGGCCGUUCUGUGGAUGAGACACUGAGACUAGUUCAGGCCUUCCAGUUUACUGACAAACAUGGGGAAGUGUGCCCAGCUGGCUGGAAGCCUGGCAGUGAUACCAUCGAGCCUGAUGUCCAGAAGAGCAAAGAAUAUUUCUCUAAGCAGAGGUGAGCACUGGGCCAUUUUAGGGCCAGGCUGCAGUAGGUGGCCAUGAGAACAAAACUAUUGUAUUUUGUGCUAUUGUCAUGCUUAAAACACAGACCUUACAGUCAGCCGAGAUGUGGUGUGGGACAGGACAGGCCUUUCCUGCAGGGGUUGGGGAGACCAGCCUUUCUUCCUCUGGAGGGAAUGGCCUGAGCUGUAUUAUGGGGCAGGCAAACUGAUGUGUAUAGUAAUAGGGUAUCGCUCUUGGCCUUUUGUAGUUUUAUUAAACUUGAGCUGAGA